AAUUUCCCGGGUUGGGUGGAUUGAAAAAUGAAUCGACGCGGAUAUGGCUCGCUUUGCAAAUAUAGACAGAUUUUGAAGCAUGUUCGGAUUGAACUAUCAGUUUCUCUUUACUUCAUAGCAGAGAUAGAUUCGAGAAUGUCUUCUUAUAGUCACGAGUCUCUUAGCACCAGUAACAAAGCACGCCAUCGCACUAUGAUGGACGACUAUUCUCAGAAUGAUAACAACUGUUCCUCAACUCCGGCAUCUUUAGCUACAUAUCAAACAUAUUAUCCUAAUUUCGAGAAUUCUCAACCACUAAUGUAUCUCCCUGUAACAAUAGAAGAAGGUGUCUUGCGUCCCUUUACAGGAGAAGUUGGUGGAGUACAAAUGCCUUCGUAUAAUGGAUUCCCUCUAGUGUGGGGUAUUCGCUACAAUAGUGACGGUAGUAAUAUAAACUCGCAUGAUAGAAGCAAUUACCACACUCCUGUUGAGUCAUUUGUGCCCGCACAUAUGACCAACACUACUAGAAGAACAACAUAUCAUCAUUUUCCUACGACAGGACAAAUUCCUCUGGGAUGGUUGCCUCAACAAUUUUCAAGGAACAGCUACACACAGGCAGCAACCUAUGGGAGACAAACGGGAAGAAGAAUGAAACCUCGUAACCGUUUUCAAGGAACUAGCGUUGGUUGGAAAGAGGGGGAAGUUUCCUUUGAGCAAAUGGAUUCUUGUGAUUCUACUGUGAUAGAAUUGAGAAGGGUUCUUUCUACACACGAACAAAACACACUUAGUUUUUUUGGUAGCGAAAUAGACAAAAGACGAGUACACCGGUUUUUAGUUGAAGACCACAUUUUGAAGAACGCUCUCGUUCAACAUUUGCGACAAUCUGAAGGUUUGAAACAUUCUUGUGACGAAAUUUUACUUGCCAUCUUUGCCUUGUUUUUUUCGUCGAUAGAUGCCAAGCCUCUGGUAGACGAGUGUAUGAACUUUUUGAACAAAGUCUCACGAGGCUCUGGUAUGCAAGCCUUACUCGUCGAGAAACUGGAUUUGUACGUCAGUUGUUUAUAUGAUCACUUUGAAAGGGUAAAACGAAUCCUAAGUAACAACUUAUUGGAGAAGAAGAGAAGUAGUUUUAUUGAGAAGAGCAGCAACCCUUUGAAAGCGCAAUUAUCGAGCUUCCAAUACUUUCAAGGGAAGACGUUGUCAUUCUUUUAUUGUCGCCAAGAAUUGUACCACAUUCAAAAAAAUCUAGUUGAACUAAAGGAAUCUCUUCGAUACUUUAAGAAUGAAGUUUUGUCUCGAAAUGUUAAAGAUAGUUUGAUAGAAACUCAGAGAAUGAAGGUUUUCUUAGAAAGCUUUCAUUCCAAAUUGGAGCAAGAGGUUUCACUCAAUUUGCUUUCUGAAUGUGAAAGCAAGUUGAAUGUAUAUAUAAGGGAAUUGUUUAAGGCUGCUCACACUAUCUUUACUCAUCUGAAAGCAUUGGUCAACUCUGAUUGGGAAUAUUUGAGAGACUGCAAGGAUAACUUCCAACGACAGGCAUCAAAGUUGGAAUCCUUUUCCCAGUUGAGUAAACGCUAUGCUGCUGCCAAAGAGGUGGCCAAGGAGGUGAGUCGCUUAAUUGAGACAAAAGAACAUCGUUGUCAGAAGAUAUUGGAAGAACGAGUGAGAAUAAAAGAGUUGAAUACUUCGUUGGCAAAGAUAUUGAAAAUAUAUGGGCGAGAAAACCUGACAAGGGAACUGUUAAGGGAAACGAGUUCAUUAUUGAAAGUGCAACGUAGUAUCGAUAUUGGACUUGAACAACUAUUUUCGAUAUCAUUUGGAGAGGUUUUGGAUUUGAUACGAAUGUGUCUUGAGGACUCUGGAAAGAGGUCCAAUCGAAAGUUUGCAAGAUUUAGUUUGAAUCUGCCAGCUUCUGUUGUUAUUGUGGAGCCUACAGUUACUCCCAAAUCUGGUGUAAGUUUAGAUAUUGUGAGUCCUCGACAACGUCAUCAUCGCAUGAAAUCCAAUCCAGAUGCACUGUUGCAUGUGGAUCGUCUGUCGCCUUCGCCUGGUUGUAAUCAGAUAGAUAAAGCUAACCCAACGCCUGAUACAGACAGCAUUUCCUUUAGUCAAGUUAGUAACAAUUCCAUGAGAAGUUUUGAAGAGGAGAAUGUUCCUUUGAUGAAAAAUCAACACGACAGUAGUUGCUAUGGUGAGCAAGUGGAUGAUGAACAUUUUUCACAAUUUUCCACACCCAAGAAAGAAACCAGUAAGGGUUUGGAAUAUGCUAUUCGAACGUUGAAUCUUCGAAGAGUUGAAGGUCAUGAAACUGCUUCAACAGCAAAUAGUUCUGGUUGUUAUUAUGAUGGUACAUUUCGUAAAUGUCAUUCUACAGCUAGCACUCCCAGAAGAGAAGAUUCCAAAGACUUAUCGAUGUUGAAGAAAACCAAAACGACCACUGUAGCUUCACCAAAGAUUCAUGUGCAACCGACCACCAUUCCAUUUCAUCAUCGUAGCCAGCGAUCGCAAAGCUUUGAUGAUAUUAUUGUGUUAUAAACUUCGUAAUUUGAAAUCCUG